UGAGCUGAGUGUGUUUGCGCACAUCUACAGGGCCUAGAGAUGAAGCAGAGUGGCAAAUAAACUCAGGAAAUGAGACAGAAGUUCAUAUAACACGUAUGGACACUUCAGUAAAGACAUACUGAGAGCAUCAGGCUGCAGAAGAUCACACUCAGAAUGAGGGGUUUACUUGCUAUUGCCACUCUGGUGGUCGUGGUUGAUGCAGCCAGUGUCUCUCUGGGGGAUCUGGAGUUCAACGCCUGGAAACUGAAGUUUGGUAAGACCUACCAUUCAGAGGAAGAAGAGUAUCAACGUAAGAUGAUCUGGCUGGACAAUCGUAAGCUGGUUUUGGAGCACAACAUGCUGGCUGACCAGGGCAUCAAAAGCUACAGACUCGGCAUGAACCAUUUUGCAGACAUGAACAUUCAGGAGUUUAAGGGCUGCUUGGGAUCCUUCAACUCGACCAAAACCCACAGUGCAACUCCAUUCCUCCGACAGGCAGAGGGCGUUGCUCUCCCAGCCACUGUGAACUGGACGCGCGAGGGCUAUGUGACCAGUGUGAAAAACCAAAGUAGUUGUGGCUCUUGCUGGGCCUUCAGUGCGGCGGGAGCGCUAGAGGGUCAAAUGUUUCGGAAGACGGGAAAGUUGGUGUCCCUCAGUGUUCAACAGCUGGUGGACUGCUCAUGGAUGGAGGGAAACAGUGGCUGUGGAGGUGGUUAUGUAGAGAGUGCCUUUCAGUAUGUUUUCAACAGCGGCCUGCAGUCCGAUGACACCUAUCCAUACAUGUCUAGGGAGGGGAUAUGCAAGUUUAAUCCGAAGAAAUUGAGCGCCACCUGCAGCGGCUUUUCGCGUUUGUCUGUCGCAGAUGAGAUCCUGUUGCAGAAAGCCGUGGCUGCAAUCGGACCCAUUUCUGCAGCUAUAGACACCAGCCCAAAAAGCUUCCUGCUCUAUCAGUCAGGUGUGUAUGAUGAGCCGGCCUGCAGCAGCACUAAGGUGACUCACGCUAUCCUUGUUGUUGGUUACGGAGCUGACUGCAGUGGUCGGAAGUACUGGCUGGUCAAGAACAGCUGGGGUACUCAAUGGGGUGAAAGAGGCUACAUCAGGAUGUCCAGAGACAAGGAUAACCAGUGUGGUAUUGCCACACGUGCCAUCUACCCAGAGGUUUAAAGAUUAGAGAACAUCAGAACCCUGUUGAACUUCUCAGGGAGCAGGAUGCAGCAACUACACCUCUAGUCUUUCCAGGUUCAGAUGUGAUUUCAUAAUGACAACACACAUGGCGGGAUAACUUGAAAUCAGCUGCUAAUAAGCAUAAGGCCCCCCUAAACCCUGCUCUCAAUUUACUCCAGUCUGCAUUCUUUUAGUCGAAUAUAUUCUAAAGCUAAAGUGGAUUCUGAUUCAUCUACUUUACUAUUUAUUUUUACCAUAUGUAGCAAGUUCUCCGCACACAUGCUUCACAUCUACAUGCUUCACAAGGUGUGGGAUUGGUUAAUAAUCUGUGUUUGUUCCCAUCCUAGUUAGUUCUCCUGAUAUUUAGCCCAUAAUUUCUCAUGUUAUUACUAAACAUUCUUGCUAAACAUCACAUCUGACCCCAUAAGACCUCUCCACCACUUCAUCAUCACUAUGCAACAGAUUUACCUCAGGAAUAUACACACUUGAAUUUAAUAGCAAGACUGUACUUCUGUCAAAAAGACAAAAACUUUCUACAUUUCUACAUGUUUCUCAUUAUUUUUUUACAUUUUACUACAUUUGUCUCUAUUUUACUUUUCAGAUUUUUACAUUUAUUGCUUUUCUUAAUUCUACUCCACAUGAAGAAACGUUGCUUGAAUCUGACAGUGAUUUAGAUGAAUCUGUCUUCUUGCAGAAAAGCCACAAUAUCUCUUUUGUUAAAUAAGAAUCACUCUGAUUGAUUCAUUCAUUAUAAUGUGUAAAACUGCCAAAACAAUUAGAAUAAAAUGUCUGCAUUUACACAGAUGGCUGUGAUGAA